AUGUCUACAGAAUACGAUAAUUCAGUGGCACACACCCCAAUAGAACAUAGAUUCAAUCCAUACAGUGACAACGGUGGUACUAUCCUUGGUAUCGCAGGUAAAGACUUCGUUGUAUUGGCAGGUGAUACAAGACACACAACAGACUAUUCUAUUAACUCACGAUACGAACCCAAAGUAUUCCAUAUCGGUGACAAUCUACUAAUAUCUGCAAACGGUUUCUCUGCUGACGGGACUGCCCUAGUUAAAAGAGUCCAGAACUCUUUGAAAUGGUAUCAUUUCGAUAAUAACGACAAGACAAUGACCGUGAAGACAAUGGCAAGAAAUGUACAACAUCUACUCUAUGGGAAAAGAUUCUUCCCAUACUACGUUCACACCAUCCUGGGAGGUUUAGAUUCGGAAGGUCGUGGUGCAAUCUAUUCGUUUGACCCGGUGGGGUCCUAUGAAAGAGAACAAUGUAGGGCAGGUGGUGCCGCAGCUUCUUUGAUUAUGCCCUUCCUGGAUAAUCAAGUUAAUUUUAAGAACCAAUAUCAACCGGAUUCAAAUGGUAAAGUGAAACGUCCAAUUGAGUCGCUUUCAUUAGAAGAAACUAUUAAAUUGGUGCGUGAUGCUUUCACAUCUGCUACUGAAAGACAUAUCCACGUUGGUGAUGGGUUAGAGAUUCUUAUUGCCACAAAGGACGGUGUUAAGACGGAAUUUUAUGAAUUGAAAAGAGAUUAA